UUUCCUCAAAUUUGGAUUCUUUCAGAAACGCUGGGUCUUUGCUGCUCAGACGCAGUUCACUUCUGUUCCUGGAUUCAUGUCAUCGGAGGAGAACACUUGGAAUAAAAUCAAAUAUCUGAGGGGACAUUUCAGAGAUCAGGAUGUAUAGUUCACACAGCAGCUUCUCUUACCUGGGAAUGUUCAUAGUGGCGGCAGUGGCCAACAAACUGCUGGAUGACUGUAUAUCAUCAUCGUCAUCGAACCGUAAAUACACCAUGAACGUGGUUCUGCUCGAGGACAACAGCUACAAGUGGAACCUGGAGCUUGUGAAGCCGGCUGUGGAGGAGGCUAUUGAGGAGAUCAACGCCAAUUACGAUUUACCCUUCACUGUGAGAGCGAACUACAGCGGCUUCAACACCAGCGUGUACAACCGGCAGGGCUGUGCCAGCAGCUCAUGUGAGGGGGUGGCCAUUCUGAAGACGCUGCAUUUUAAGAAAGAGGUCGGUUGUAUCAUGCUGGGUCCCUCCUGCACGUUUGCCACCUUCCAGAUGGCCGAUGACGACGUUGGCUUCAAUCUCAGCAUUCCCAUCAUCUCUGCUGGGAGCUUUGGCCUCUCGUGUGACUAUAAGCCCAAACUGGCACGAAUUCUGCCUCCAGCUCGGAAGAUCACAGACUUGUUUCUGAACUUUAUGAAGGAAACGCUGCCAUUUAAGGAGUUUUGGAAUUCAGUCUACGUUUACAAGUCCAGCGAGCCGACGGAGGACUGCUUCUGGUACAUCAAUGCCAUGGAGGCGCCCUCUGCCAACUUCGCCUCACACCUGAAACGAAGGGUGCUACGCGGGGAGAGUGAACUGAAGGAUGCCCUGAAUGCGAAGCCGCGGCACAGCAACAUUGUCAUCUUAUGUGGAGGCAAUGAUGAUGUUGUUACACUGAAGGAGGGAAUAGACCACAUACCAGAGGACAUGAUAUUCAUUCUAUUGGAUCUGUACAACCCUGAGUAUCACACCAACACAACGUCCAGUAAGAAGAUGGAGAACGUGCUGGUCGUCACUCUUCCACCUAGAAACUAUGGCCACGGCUCCAACUCCUCAUACAACGGCACGAUGAACGACUACGUGGCCGGGUAUCAUGACUGGGCUCUGCACUUUGGCCAAAUGCUCAGAGAACGAACGCUCAACAAGGGCUCUUCCAACGCUCCUUUAACGCUCAACCCAUUUGGCAACACCUCGUUUUACGGUUUGGGAGGACAUUAUGUGCUUGAUGAAUAUGGAGACAGAGAUGUAAACUUCUCUAUGAUUUACACAUCAACGCUGACGGGCAAGUAUGAAGUCCUGUGCGUCUUCGACACGUCAAAGAAUGUAACUGUAGUGAAUGACCCAAAUCCAGCGCUGGUGUGGAAAGGCGGACGUCUGCCUCUGGAUGAGCCUGAAGAUCCAAACGUUGUUAAUUUACAGGAAGUGAUUCUGAUCGUUCUGAGUGUCAGCGUUGUCGUGGUUACAGUCAUCGCUCUCAUCUUCUACAGGCAGAACAGAAAAGAUCGUCUGCUGCAGAAGAAGUGGUCUCACAUCGAGGCGAACCUGAUCGGUCCCCUGGAUGAGAAGGAGGUCUCUCUGAAGAUAGAUGAGGAUAAGCGGAAGGACAGACCGUACUACACACAUCGAGCCUGCUACGACAAAAAGCCUGUCAUCUUGAAGGAGCUGAAACACACGGAUGGAAAUUUCACAGAGGACCAAAGAAUCGAGCUCAACAUUCUGCUGCGCAUCGAUUACUACAACCUGACUAAGUUCUACGGUACCGUGAACUUUGACACCGGCGUCUUUGGCGUCUUCGAGCUUUGUCAGCGCGGAUCCCUGAGGUACAUCCUGAACGAUAGGAUCUCGUACCCAGACGAUACUUUCAUGGACAUGGAGUUUAAGAUAUCAGUCAUGUAUGACAUAGCAAAGGGCAUGUCCUAUCUUCACUCCAGUAACAUUGUGGUCCACGGGCGUCUUAAGUCCACCAACUGUGUGGUGGACAACCGCAUGGUGGUGAAGAUCACUGACUUUGGCUGGCACACCAUCCUGAAGCCAGGCAGAGACGUGUGGUCGGCCCCAGAACACCUUCGUAAAGGUGGUGUGUCUCAGAAGGGGGACGUCUACAGCUAUGCCAUCAUCGCGCAUGAGAUCGUCCGGAGGCUGGAGCCGUUCUACACGCAGUGCUGCUCGGAUCGGCAGGAGAAGAUUCACAGAGUGCAGUUUCCCAGUGGCUCGAGCGUCUUCAGGCCUGAGCUCAACUUCGAUGGAGCAUCAGAGAAGGAGACUGAGCUGUACAUGCUGAUUAAGACCUGCUGGGAUGAAGACCCAGAGCGAAGGCCAGACUUUAAGAAAAUAGAGUUGACUCUGGGUAAGAUCUUUAGUAACCUGCACAACCAGGCCACAGAGUCGUACAUGGACAACCUGAUCCGGCGCCUGCAGAUGUACUCCAGGACCCUGGAGCGUCUGGUUGAGGAGAGGACGUCUCUGUACAAGGCUGAGCGGGACCGAGCGGACCGCCUCAACUUCAUGCUGCUGCCCGGCCCAGUGGUGCGCUCUCUGAAAGAGACUGGCAAAGUGGAGCCGGAGCUGUUUGAGGAGGUGACCAUCUACUUCAGUGACAUCGUGGGGUUCACCACGCUCUGCCACUACAGCACCCCCAUGGAGGUGGUGGACAUGCUCAACGACAUCUACAGGAACUUCGACAGCAUCCUCGACAACCAUGACGUCUAUAAGGUUGAGACGAUCGGAGACGCCUACAUGGUGGCAUCAGGUUUGCCCAAACGGAACGGCAACCGCCACGCCGUGGACAUCGCUCACAUGGCGCUGGACAUCCUGUCCUUUGUGGGGACCUUCCAGCUGCAGCACCUGCCCGGCAUCCCUCUGUGGAUCAGGAUCGGGAUGCAUUCAGGACCCUGUGCAGCAGGAGUCGUUGGGAAAAAGAUGCCUCGCUACUGUCUGUUUGGGGACACAGUCAACACGGCCUCACGCAUGGAGUCCACGGGCCUACCUCUGAGGAUUCACGUGAGCCAGUCCACCAUCAACAUCCUGCAGAGGACCGACUGUAAGUUUGAGUAUGAAGCCAGAGGAGAGACGUACCUGAAGGGCAAAGGGAAAGAGAUGACGCACUGGUUAACAGGAGUGACUGGAGCAAAGUACAACCUGCCGACUCCACCAACAGCGGAGAACUUCCAGCUGCUCCAGCAGGACCUGGCAGAGAUGAUUGUGUUCAGCCUGGAGAAGCGUGGAGCCGGACGCAAGAGCUUCGAAAACAGAAACACCCUGUCCACCAGAGUCCGCCGCAGGGAGACCAGCGGCAGCGUGCGGUCGGACAACGCGCCGGAGUACUUCCAAGUGGCCGUGGCCGACCCCAGCACCUACCUGUGAUUAGGUGGGUUUCAGUCAGAGCCACGGCAGACGAGCGUCAGAGCUACAGCUGCUGGAAAACAGCUGCUGGGACUCUCUUUCUACCACCUCAUUCCUCACUCGCUCUAAAAUCACUGGCACCAAAACAGUUUGAAAUGUGUCAUCUUCUGUUCCUUUUGUUUGUAAAACAGUAAACGUGAAGCACUGCCAUUUUUAUCAUUUUCACUUAUUUAUAGAACGAAGAACGGACCGUGGCUUUAAACGUAACAAACGCACCAUCACCUGCUCUGACAGAUUCACUAAAACAUGUUUGAAAUCUCGUGGUGUUAAAUGUUACCUGCAGGAAGCGCAUUAAGAACAUAACAUGCACUGUCAGCAAGAAUGUUAAAGUAACAUACAGAAAGGUUUGAAAAGCAUUUUAUUAAAUUAUGUUUG